CACACGCACGAUUCGAAGGCACGGUCCACGGUCCACGCUCCACCUCUGUUCAUGCUCUUCCUCUCUUCCCUGUUCUCCGCUUCUCCUACCUCGCCGCUUCACUCCGUUCUUCCGAAAAACCCUAGCAAUGGGCUCCGAAUCACAACAUCUCAUCCACUCCCUCACUGCCCACCUCGCGCUUUACCAUUCCCACAUUUCUAACCGUAACACUAAUCCUAAUCCUAAUCCUACUCAUCGCGUCUCCGUCCUCCGCUGGUUCUCAUCUCUCUCUCCCGCUCAGCGUCAGGCUGCUCUCACCAUUUUCGACUCCUCAUUUCUUCUCAUCCUUCUCCAGAUGCAGUCGCACCUCCACCGCCAAGGCCACUCGCAGUUCCUCCUUCUUCCCGACCUCCCCUCUCCUUCCCCCUUGAAUCCAUGCCUCCCCUCCCUCUCUUCCCGCCCCUCUCGUGGCCUCAUCUCCCGCUCUGCAGCAUCCAACUCAUCCGCCCUGCUACUUUCCAACUCCCUCCGUUUCUUCUCUUCCACCUCGUCUGGUGUCGUCCUAGCGGACGCACUAACGGUCUCCGAGUCCCUUGUUACUGAUGUUGACCGCUUCGUGGGUGUCAUGGAUGGAAUUUCUGGCGGGAGGUUUCUUUGCGAGGAAGUUGAGGUGCUGGGACUUACUGUGCAAUGGAUGGAGUUUUCAUGGCUGAAGGAUAUGGGGUACUACAGCUUCGAAGCAUUUGUAGUGAAUCGGCUUGAGGUGGCCCUGAGGCUGGCUUGGAUUAGUUCUCAAGGAGGAAAGAAGCCCAAGGAGAAGAGGAUGAAGGAGAGGGCUACAGAGGUUUCAGGGAAGGCGGCUAAUGUCUUUUGGAGGAUGAAGUGUUGUCUUGAUUGGUGGGUUGGAUUGGAUCCCCGUACAAGGAGGGCGACAAUUUCAGCUUUUUUUGGGAAGACAUCAAAGACUCUGGCCAAUGAGAUAAUUAAGGAAGAAAAUGCUGCUUUGAGCAAUGGGUUUGGUUACUUAAACAUCGGAAGAAACCUGGAAUUUCAAUAUGGUGACUUGCCAUCAUGGAAAAAGGCUAAACAAGCACUCUUUGAAAGUGAUGUAGAACUUGGUUUGGAUUUUCUGCCUAUUGCAACUUCGAGAGUACCAAAUAAUCUUGCUAUUAUAUUGAACAAAUUGCUUGUUGUUCAUGCCAUGUCCAAUGUACUUUUAGCAUGGCAGUUAGGAAAAGUUGAAACUGAGAAAUUGUUCUUUGGUUCAUUGGGUUCUAGCCUCACUGUUUCUGAAUAUAUAAGUAGGAAAUUGCAAAGAUUUCUCAUUGAUUUUCAUUCUAUAUUUAUAAAUCAUGAACUUAUGGAGGAUACAAAACUGAGUAGUUUCCCCGAAAAAGCUGAAGAAAAGUAUAAUUUAGUAUGUGGGAAAGGGAAAAGCAAAUCGCAUUCUUCAAAGAAAUCUAAUGCUAUGCCUAAGGCUUACAAUUCUGCUUCUAUAUCCCGGGAAAGUUCUAUGAGACUUGAUUGUAGUUCCGAGCUUUGCUUCCAAGGGAGCACUUCCUCUUUGGUUGCUAGAAGGAACAUAGAUGGCGUUGUUUCUCAUGCUGUAAAUAAUGCCCCUGAAGUGAAGCCUUUAGCUGCACAAGAAGAAAUGGACAAUUUAAAUGCCAGAGUUUCUGUUGAUGACAAAGAAAAGAGUGGUAAAAGAAAAAGUAGAAGAAAAGGGGCAAAAAAUAAAAGCUCUAAUGUGAAAAAUACCGGAAAAUCUAAACACAAAGACAGUAAAGGCACCAAGCUGUCUCUUGAUGCUGAGAGGGAACUGACAGGGACAAUUGGCCAUGUGUGUAGUUCAAAUUCUCGGCUCAAAGCUGAUGAUAUAUCAUCAUGUGACAACCUUUUGGAAAAAUCUGUCUCUGACAUUUCACAGGAAUAUGCAAUGGUGGAUGUGAUGCAAUCAGAAAAAGGCAUCCAAGAAGAUCAGUCUCUUUGUUUGACUGAAGGUAGAUCUACUACUGUUGAAGAAUGCCAUCAUAGUUCUGGCAAAACAGGCAGUGAUAUGUUGGCAUAUGUUUCACCUUGUCUUGCAAAGAGUGAAGAGCCUCUACAAACCACUUAUAGAAAUAGUGCAUACCCUGACAAACAGAAUGAUCCUUUGAUGGGAACUGCAUGUGGCUCUUCUCUGCGUGCCUGUGAGCAUGAUAAUGUGGUCGCUGAGGAGAAGCAUGUACAGAAAUUUUCUUGUGCUGCAAGAGGCACUGCAUCUUAUGUUUCAAAGGAAUGCUACCGUACAGCUGCCGAUAAGCAAUGUUCAGUAAUACACAAUGGUGGCAGUGAAUUCCAUUCAUUCAGAGACACAAAUUUCAUGGGAGGAGCAUCAUAUGAAUGGCCCAGCAUAACUCCAAUUCAUUUUUCAUCUAUUAAUUCACAUCUCCUCCCUGCUACUGACAGGCUGCAUUUAGAUGUUGGUGUCAGGUUGCCUUAUCACAAUCAUCAAUCCUUUAUGGCAUCAAAGGUUCAUGUGAGAAAUUCUUUAAACGAGUUUGGACAUAACCGGAUCUUACCUUCUUUGACUUUUCCCAUGAGCUAUGACUGGCCUCCCAUGGUUAAAAAUUGUAGCAGACUGAGUCAAACCCAGACUGUAGGGUAUGAAUCUGCAUAUAGUCAUAGCAUGCCCCCUUCUUUGUACACAUGCGCUGCUCAUGGAGGGCAAGCUAAUGUGGCACCUGGGGAUAAUGAUUUUAAGCAUGCCGGAGAUAUUAUUGAUGUCUAUGAUAUGAAAAAUAUAUCUGAUUUGGUUGAAGAUGAAAGCUAUUGGUUAUCUGAAGAUGAAUCUGAGUCUUUUGCAAGGUCUGGAAGAGAUUAUAAUAAUUAUUUUGGUGGUGGAGUUAUGUAUUGGAAUCCUGCUGAAUUUGUUGGAACUGGAUUUUCUCGUCCACCUUCCCACAGUUCUGAAGAUGGCUCAUGGGCUUGGCAUGAAGCUGACCUUAAUAGAACCAUUGAUGAUAUGGUUGGUUGCAAGACUGGGUUGCCUACUUAUAGCACAAAUGGCAUGGCAUCGCCACCUUCUUCCUCUUACUGUUCACCAUUUGAACCUGUGGCUUCUGGACGCCCAUCCAUGGGUUACUCAGUUGCAGGAAAUGAUUCUUCUAGUAAUGCAUUACAUUCACCAUCAGUUUCAGAACCUCCGGAUGAGAAAAUCUCGUCUUCUAGUGCAAAUUCAAUUGCUGGUAUUGAAGGAGUGAAAGGAGAUCCGCCUCCAUACCCAAUGCUGCGACCAAUCAUUAUUCCAGCUAUGUCAAGAAAGGGAUCCCGAUCAGAAUUUAAGCUUGGUCAUGAUAAUAAAAGCGCUUGUUUACCUUCUACAAGGAGAGAUACUCCACUGACAAAGAGACCUCCAUCUCCUGUGGUUCUUUGUGUUCCACGAGUGACUCAACCCUCUCCACCUUCUGUUGGAGAAUCAAGGAAACGAGGAUUUCCAAUUGUAAGAUCUGGUAGCUCAAGUCCUAGGCAUUGGGGUGUAAAAGGUUGGUGUCAUGAAGAAAGCACUGUGGCUGACCCUCGUCUUUGUUUAGAUGGUGCGGAAGUUUUGUGGCCAACCUGGGCAAACAAAGGCCUUGGGGUGGCUGCAGUGGCCCAAUCUCUUCAAGGAUCUUUGCUCCAGGAUCAUCUUAUCACGAUUUCUCAGCUUGCACAUGAUCAAGAACAUCCAGAUGUUGCAUUACCUUUACAGCCACCUGAUCUACUGAAUGGCUCUUGCAAAGGGUCGCUAGCAAGGAUGCAGAAUCUUCUUCAUGAGGAAAUUGACCUUUUCUGCAAGCAGGUUGCUGCAGAGAAUUCGAUCCGGAAGCCAUUCAUUAAUUGGGCUGUCAAACGGAUCACAAGAUCACUUCAGGUACUUUGGCCUCGUUCUCGCACAAAUAUAUUUGGUUCUAAUUCAACUGGUUUAGCUCUUCCGACUAGUGAUGUAGAUCUCGUAGUGUCCCUUCCUCCUGUAAGGAAUUUGGAACCUAUCAAAGAAGCUGGAAUUCUUGAAGGGCGUAAUGGUAUUAAAGAAACAUGUCUGCAGAUACCUGUGAUCAUGCUGGUGGCUGAAGUUCCUUGUGAUAUAACUUUACCACAUGGAAGCUCUUCCAUUGCGGAUUUAUCUGAAGUGAAAUCCUCCAAGAUAUUUGGACACCAUAACAGUGCUUCUUCAAAGGAUUCAAUGAUCACAAAGGAUGAUGCUGUUGUUGGUGUAAAGCCAAUACGUCUUGAUAUUAGUUUCAAGUCAACAUCUCAUACGGGGCUCCAAACUUCUGAACUGGUUAGAAAGCUUACUCAGCAAUUUCCUGCCUCUGUCCCUCUAGCUUUAGUGCUUAAAAAGUUCUUGGCAGAUCGUAGCUUGGAUCACUCUUAUUCGGGAGGAUUAAGCUCAUAUUGCUUGGUUUUACUAAUUACACGCUUCCUUCAACAUGAGCACCAUUGUGGUUAUUAUAUGAAACAAAACCUGGGCAGUCUUUUGAUGGAGUUCCUUUACUUCUUUGGGAAUGUUUUUGAUCCACGCCAAAUGGGGAUUUCAAUCCAAGGAAGUGGAGUUUAUAUGAAAAGGGAAAGAGGUCUCAGCAUCGAUCCUAUCCAUAUUGAUGACCCUCUGAUUCCAACCAACAAUGUUGGGCGAAAUUGCUUUAGGAUACAUCAAUGUAUCAAGGCUUUUGCUGAUGCCUACACUGCACUGGAAAGUGAGCUCUCGCUAUUUUCUGAUGAAUAUAUUCCAAGUUCAGCGCCAUCAUUUAGGCUACUCCGAAAGAUUGUACCAAGCAUUGAUUGAGGAAUAACCUUUCACAAUGGGACUAUUCUCAUGUCCAGAUCGGCUGCUAUUAUUUUGGGAAUAUUUUAAGUAUGAUUUCUGAUUAACUCGCUUGAGUAUAUGGUAUAAUGGUUUUUUCUGUUUGUUUGCUACCUACAGUAACACUUGUACUAAGACCGGUAUGGGGAAGCUGUAAUUUGGAGCUGGAAGACUGGUCCAGCAUGAAGAGAAAAAUAUGCAAAUUCUCAUUCUGUUUCUCGUGGUCAGAAGCCAUUCCUGGGUAAGCAGAUGGAGUAGGACAAAUAAAAGAGUCCUUAAUGUCACGGAUAUAAAGAUAUGUUUGAAAUUAUGGAUUUUCAUGUUUUUAACCUCCAAUGAAAUUCUUGAAGAGCAAGUGGUCUAUACAUUACAUGGGUAUUGUUCAUUUCGUGAACUAUAUUUGCUGGAUGUGAUCUCUAGCGCUGUAGUAGCAUUUGGCCCCGCUUGCAAACUAAAACGACAGGUUAAGAUGAUCCGACCAGUCUGGUUUCCACAUCCCAGUCAAACAUAUUGUAGCAGACAAGUUCUCAGUAAAUUUAAAAAAGUCAUUUUCUGGUUUGAGGUAAGGAAGCAUUCUUGGAAUGCAGCCAAGACAUGGUAACCUAGGAUUCUACGAUAAUGGGUUUGGUGACUCCAGAAACAAAAGAUAAUCGAUGUGAAUGACAGUACUAUUUAUUAGUGACACAGAACUUGAAGUUAUUGAUAAAGGCCACGCUUUGUUAUUUUUCUGAUUAUUGAGAAGCAGGGUUGUGAAUACAAAAUCCUGGAGAUGGAUGAAAUUAAAAAGUCUCUCUUCUCACUUUUGGAAGGAUUCUGCAUAAAGAGUUUACGAGAAGGCUUAUGAAGUUAUUAAUUCAUUUAUGCUGAUUUUAGAAACAUGAUAGGUGAAGGGGAGAAGGCAUGACAGAUGAAGGUACUAAUUUGUUUUUGGCACAAGUAGCAGGUCAGGGCGUACUAAGGUCCACCUGUGAAGAUAGUAAGAUCAAGAAGAUUGUUAAGGAAAUCAGUGAAGGGGAAAUACUUGGCCGCUGUAGAGCAUGCUGAGUGAAAGCAAUAAGAUACCAAGUAGACUUUUCAACUUACGAUAAUAGGAAAAAUGAUAGGCCGAUGGUGGAAGGAAAUGAUAAAGACAUGCCUGAAUAAAUGAUGGAAGUAUCUAUGAAAGAAGAGAAGGACAUACUUGAAGAAACCAACUCGCAUCAGUGAACAUAAUAAAGAGGUAAAGAGAAGAGAUGAUGAAACUAUUUGUGGUUUGCAGACUAACUUCUGUAACAGUACUUGUUUACAUUGGCUGUGUUAAACCAUCAUUGCCUUUUCUUAACACGUAAGAACUACAUAUGUAUUGCUAUGUUUGCUUACUGUUCUUAUUGAUGCUUCAUCAUUUGUGAGAGAUUCUUCAUCAAAAUAAAUAAAUGCGAGUGAAGAGUUUGAAA